AUGGCUCGCAUUCUUCUUGUUGCGAUCUUGGGGCUCCUGAGAUUGUCGGGCGCCGUGGACGUCAAGCAUCAGGCUGUCGAGGCCUCCGAUGAGAGACACGCCAGUGAGAACCACGAGCAGAUGGAGGUGCAAGCAGAUGGAUCUGCAAAGGCGAUGAUGCGGCGAGAGAAAGGCUCUGAGAAGGAGGCCGGCGACCCAACACAGACAACUACCGUCUUCGAGGAGGGCGUCGGAACAGACACGACGUCAGGCUCAAGCAGCGGUGACGAAGAAGAAGAAGGUGGGACGGAUCUCAAUCAUCAUUCUGGCCCUAAUCCACUUCAUGAAUGA